AUGUUAAAUACUUCAAAGGUGGGUGAAGGUUUAACCACUACCUGCACGGUUAUCAUCAUUACUGACGGCAACUGUAACGCUCCUCAGUUCACUGUGACAUUUGAGUUACUCAAACUCCUUAAGUCCACAUCUGUCUAUGAGAAUGAGAUUGUAGGAAGACUGCAAGUUAUUGACAAGUUUGAGCUAGGAUCACCAAAUGCCAACAGCAAGUAGUAUUCAAUAAUUAAAGGCAAUGAAGGGGAAGAAUUGAACAUCAUUACAGGAUCUGAUAUAUCCAAACAGCCAAUGUUUGAAUUAACAUGAAUAUUUUACUAUAUGUGAUAGUAGUAACAAAAACCUUUUUCUGCAGCCGUGUCCACAGCCUCCGUCAGAGUCGAGGACUUGGACAAAAACGAGCCUCCUGCCAGCUGCAGGUCAGAGGGCGUGAAAAUCAGCACUUCUGUUCAACUCAAAGCAAACCACCCAAACACAGCCAGGAAGCAGAGACUGUUGGGUAAGACAAGCACACCUUGUAAAACAAAGUAUAAUCUUUUGGACAGUUUGGAUUCUCAGAUGAACGCCAGCACAGGACUGGGCCAAGUUUCUAGCAGCAUGGACAGAGAAUCACACUUUAAUAAAGACUGCAAACAUACAGGCCUGGUUUUGGCUUAUGAUGAUGACGUCAUUCCUGCAGGCACUUUGGUUGUGACUUUACUGGAAGUGAACGACAGUCGUCCUGGGAUCAAUCAGAGGAGAGUCCAUCUGUGUUGCAGAGACCCUUUUCCUGUCUGUCUGGAUAUUUUGGACCUGGAUGAAGCCGGUCAUGCUGGCCCGUUCUCUGUGGAGCAGAUAGGAAAUCACAGGACGACCUGGACUGUCAGCAUCCACUCCUUAUGUAAAGAAGUGACACGAUAAACCCCGCCCCCUAAACGAGACUCACCUCCAGGGGUGUACAAUGAGCUGAUGCAUAUUUAUGAUGUUGACAUGCUCCACCUGGACAGUACACAGAAAGUGGAGGUGUGUCAAUGUAAAGAUACCUGCUUCAUCCCACGUUCUGAACCACGUAAACCCAAUCCUUCUGUAGCAGCCGGUCCUGAGAGUUGUUUUUUGGUCUUCUGUGUUCGUCCUAAUUUCAUUUAAUUCAUUUUACCUUGAGUCACUUGUGAGGAGGAUGGUUCUUUUCUUGAAGCUUUGCCCAGAGACGCCAUCUUCUGCUACAACGAGGAGGGAGGAGGUGAAGACGACCGGGACUAGGACCUGAGCCGGCUCCAAAGAGGACUUGAUAAUCCCCCUGAAUUCUUCAGCAUGGAUGUUUCUUUUAACGUCCUGAGCCGACCGGGGUACCACAGACAAACCCACGUCAGUGAGGAUGUUGUCAAAUUCACUGAGGAUAACCUGCGAGCUGCGGACAGUGACCCUGCAGCAUCUCCGCACGACUCCCUCCCGGGGUUUGACUUUGAAGGUGGAGGCUCUGAGGAGAAUUCUCUCGGCUCCAUCAACACCUCAGGGUCAGAUGAGGAGCAGGACUUUCAGAGUCUGGGUCAGUGGGGACCACGCUUCAGCAGACUGGAAGAUUUGUGCACGAGGGGCAGAGGGGAGGAUGACGACGGUGAAAUAUUGCCAGGAAACACAGAGUGGGUCUGA